AUGAGUAAGAAGAAGAAAUAUCGACACACUCCUGAACAAACUCAAGAGCUUGAAAACUUCUUCAAGCAGUGUCGUCAUCCUGAUGAGAAGCAAAGAUCUGAUCUUAGCAAAAAGCUUGGUUUGGAGAAUAAGCAAGUCAAGUUCUGGUUUCAGAAUCGACGAACUCAAGUAAAGACACAAUUGGAGCACAAUGAGAACAUGAUUCUAAGGCAGGAAAAUGAGAAACUCCAGGCAGAGAACAAUCUGAUGAAGCAAGUAAUGUCAAAUACAAUAUGUAGCAAUUGCGGUGGCCCAGCAAUUCCUAGACAAAUUUCAAUGGAGGGACACCAGAUUAUAAUUAAGAAUGCUCUACUCGAAAACGAAUUGAACCGAGUGUAUACCUUGUACAACAAGUUACUCGGCCACCCAAUCUCGGCAUUGGCCUCUACGUCCAUGCAGACUCAAAAUUCUGAUUUUUUACUUUAA